GGAGGGCCCGGGGGGGCGGGGAUGCACGCCAGUGGGGGGGGACGGGGAGCAGCAGCAGCGACAGCGGCAGGCCGAGGGCGAGCUCACCGGCUCCCUCUCCCCCUUCUCCUCCGCCCCUGCAGGACCACACGCUUGUGAGGGAUGGGGCGCCGCACCCGGAGCCCAGGCCUGAGCCGCGGCCUACCUCCCCCGACCGGGGCCAGGCCCACCACCACCGGAACCGGGAGCGCUUCGCCACCAUCCAAUCAGCACCUUUGGUCACGAGGCAGAUCCAGGAACAUGAAGAGGACAGCGAGCUACCAGAACCAAUGUGGGGCUAUAAGUGCAUGCGGCGGCAGCACCAGAAGCAGCUGAUGGCGCUGGAGAACAGGCUGAAGGCUGAGAUGGAUGAGCACCGGCUCCGUCUGCAGAAGGAGGUGGAGACGCACGUCAACAACGCCCACAUCGAGCUGGAGAAGCUGGCUAAGAGACAUGCACUUCGCCUGGACAAGGAGACAAAGGCAGCAGCAGCUGAUGAAAAGAAGUUCCAGCAACAGAUCCUGGCUCAGCAGAAGAAGGAGCUGACCACCUUCUUGGAGAACCAGAGGAAGCAGUACCGGCUCUGCAAAGAAAAGAUCAAAGAGGAGAUGAACGAGGACCACAGCACUCCAAAAAAGGAAAAGCUGGAGCGCCUGUCCAAGCACAAGGAGACGGUACAGCACUCACAGGCGGAGGAGGAGGCACAGCUCCUGAGCCAGCAGAGGGCCUUCUAUGAUCGCAACUGCCGUGCCUUCAAGCGCAAGAUUCUCAUUAAGAGACAUGAGUUUGAGCAGGAACAGAUGCGGGAGGAGGUAAACAAAAAGAAGACUCAGAAGGAGAUGGAGCACGCCAUGUUGAUCCGCCAUGACGAAUCCACCCAGGACCUGGAGCAACGGCAGCUACAAACAUUGCAGAAGCUGCGCAUGGACUUGAUCCAGCUGCAGCACCAGACAGAGCUAGAGAACCAGAUGGAAUAUAACAACCGUCGUGAACGUGAGCUGCAAAGGAAACACGCGAUGGAGCUCCGGCAACAGCCCAAGAAUCUCAAGGCCUUGGAGAUGCAGAUUAAGAAGCAGUUUCAGGACACGUGUAAGGUACAGACCAAGCAGUACAAAGCCUUGCGGAGCCACCAGCUGGAGGUCUCUCCCAAAAGUGACCACAAGACCAUCUUGAAGGCACUGAAGGAGGAGCAGACACGCAAGCUGGCUGUUCUGGCCGAGCAGUACGAGCAGAGCAUCAAUGACAUGAUGGCCUCGCAUUCGGUCCGGCUGGGGGAGGCCCAGGAAUCAGAGAGCCAAGCACUGAAGGAACAACUCCAGCAGGAGAUGGAGCUCCUUGACGCUUACCAGAACAAAGUGCUUAUGCAGGCUGAGGCACAGCAUGAGUUGGAGCAGCAGAAGCAGAAGCAACAGGCCUCUGUUCGGCGGACCCAUCUCGAGCAGAAGAUCGAGGAGGAGGUGGCUGCACUUCAGAAGGAGCACACUGAGCGGGUUAAGCACUUACUGGAGCGGCAGGAGCGGGAAGUGGCUGCCUUUGACACAGAGAGUGUCCGUCUGGGCUUUGGGAGCCUGAGCACCCUUGAGGUGUUCCUCGAGGACAGCAGAUGAAGCCGAACUCGCCGCUAAAGCCUUCACCCUUUUCUCCUUCCUGAAGGGAUCCUGAGCUGUCCUCAACUAUUGCCAUCUGCUGCCACUCCCAUUUCCAAGUCCCACUAACCCUUUGCCUUUACCUUCACCCACCCCUGUCAAUCCACCCUCAACCCCCACCCGCCCCCGCU